UUAAAUGAUUAAAUAAAAUAAUAAUAAAUCUUUCAGCAAAAAAUUAAAUAAUUAAUAAUAAUCCAGUUCUGUUUAACACUGCACCCAAACACAACCAAAUCCUCAGCCACUGAUUCACAAUCACAGCCAUCUCUCUCUCUCAGCCUCUGCGUAAACCCUCUCUAAACCCUAAAAUGCUCGUUAGAAGAAUCUACACCACAAGAAGAAGACUAUGAAGCGGGUCUGGAAAAUCACAGACGCGGCGGCCCAAGCCGAGCUUUUCUGUUUCACUAAACCCAAAACCCUAGCUUCUUCUUCUUCCUCCUCUCCUUUCAACUUUACCCUCACCAAGUCCCCUAAUUACGCCUUUGCGACUCGCGACCUCAAUCCCCACCAUUCCAGCAAAUACACCUUUCCGACCAACAUUCUCAGCUUGUUCGCCGACAAGCUUGCACCUUCCGAUUCGUCGGCUAAAGAGGAUCUGAGGAACAAGGUGACGAGGUUGAAGGAGGAGCUGGUUCUGAGGUUCGAGGAUUCCGAGGAUUAUGUUUUUAGGGUUUUGGAGGAGAAAGGGGCGUCUUUGUUUCGGAGCUAUUCGGAUGGGUCCGCUUUUAUUGAGCUUUUGAAGCAGCUCAGUUCAUGGCCUCACUUAGCACUAGAGGUUUUCAAUUGGAGGAGAAAACAGGCAGAGUAUGGCAUUCUUAUGACACCUGAGGAGUAUUCCAAGGGCAUUGCAAUUGCUGGUAGAAUUAAGAAUGUUGAUCUUGCAGUGGAGCUGUUUACUGAGGCUGCUAACAAGCGAAUCAAGACAAUAUCUACUUAUAAUGCACUAAUGGGUGCUUAUAUGUGCAAUGGUCUGGGUGAUAAAUGCCAGUCAUUGUUUCAGGACCUGAAGAAGGAAGCAAUUUGUAGUCCUACAGUUGUAACAUAUAACAUUCUUAUUUCUGUUUUUGGUCGCUUGAUGCUAGUUGAUCACAUGGAAACAGCUUUUCGGGAGAUAAAUGAUUUGAAUCUCUCCCCUAAUAUAAGCACAUACAACAAUUUAAUUGCUGGAUAUGUCACAGCUUGGAUGUGGGAUAGUAUGGAAAAUACUUAUCAGAUGAUGAAUACAGGCCCUGUUAAGCCUGACAUUAACACCUUCUUGCUAAUGCUUCGGGGAUAUGCACAUUCAGGUAAUUUAGAAAAAAUGGAGGAGAUGUAUAAAUUGGUAAAGCACCAUGUUAAUGACAAGGAAAUUCCAUUGAUCAGAUCCAUGAUAUGUGCAUAUUGUAGGAGUUCUGCAUCAGAUAGAGUUAAAAAGAUUGAGGCACUAAUGAAGCAUAUUCCAGAGAAGGAUUAUAGACCAUGGUUGAAUGUGAUGUUGAUUAGGGUUUUUGCUCAAGAGGAUUGGUUAGAAAAGAUGGAGAACUCAAUAAAUGAGGCAUUUGAGCACAACACCUCUGUUAUUACAGUGAGUGUGAUGCGGUCCAUAAUUGCAAGUUAUUUCCGGUGCAAGGCAGUGGACAAGCUUGCUAACUUUGUGAGGCGUGCAGAAUGUGCUGGGUGGAGAAUUUGCCGGUCCCUGUAUCACUGUAAGAUGGUCAUGUAUGCGUCACAGAGGCGCUUGCAUGAAAUGGAGAGCGUCCUAGAUGAGAUGGAGAACUUUAACUUGGAUCGCACAAAAAGGACAUUUUUGAUAAUGUAUAAGGCGUACUCUACUUGUGGUCAAAGGCACAAGGUUGAGCAAGUAUUAGGAUUGAUGUGGAAGCAUGGGUAUGGAAUUCCUUUGGAUGCAUUACCAUCAUAAUUUACCCUUUCAAUAACAGCAUAUUGGACGGCAGAAUUUGCAAACAGCAGUCAGCUAAUUAUUGUGAGAAGUUCACUGUAUCUGUUUGACAGGAUUGGAGUUUCAAAUAAUUGAAAGAGACUGCUGGAAAGUAGUGUUUAAUGGACCAAGGCCACCAAAGUGCUGAAUGCUUACUAAUGUUGAAAUCAAUUCCCUCCAAUACACGAAAGAUAGUGUGUUUUUCUGCACAAAUUCCCAGCUCACUGCUUGCAAUGUGACUUAAUUAACUGACUUUUUAGAAUACUACCAGGACAGAGAAGAGAGACUAUUGAUCUUAUAUUCAGGGAGUAUAAAAAUUUCUUGUAUAAUUCUGCAAGAGGUAUGCUGAAGAUGUGUCUAAUGACUCAUUAUACUUGUAACAAGAGCAAGACCAAUAUUUGGAAGAUAGGAUUUAGCCUCUCAAUCAAUGGCUUUUAACCUCAAGGCUGAUUUUUGGAUUUUGCAGUGUAAAGUAUCUCAGACAGUAUGAAUUCAAUCUUCUUGUAAUACCAAUUGAAAAUUUAACAUUUUUCUAAAAAAAUAAAAAUUCUAAUAAAAUCCAUCUAUGGUCCAUUGGUGUGCAAAGUGCUUUCCUCAAUACAUGUCUUUUUUGCGGAUUUUCAAUAGAAGUUGUAAUGUGUUUUUAGAGUUUGGGAUUUCAAUAGAAGUUGUAACUUGUAAGAUGUCUUUGAGAAUGGGAAAAUAAAAUAGUAUUAUUUUUCUAACA